GUCUCGCCAAUUUGGCUUAACUCAAAUACUCCCUAAGAGCAUAUACUUGGAAGAGAGGGAGGUUUGUUUAGGCAAGCAUGGCAUGACAGAACCACAGUUCCAUUCAUUCUUGAACCACUUCAAUCAGCCUUCUUAUGAGCUUACCCCAUUCGACUUCGCUCCCUCACAUGCCUGCACUAGGGAAUUUUUUACCUGGUGGUCUCGACACUAUGAAGGACGCCUGGUUGACAAGACUGCCUUACUCACUGCUAUCUCUAAUGGGUUCGACUCAUCUAUUUUGAACAAGAUUAAGUCGAAAUUGAACGCCAGAGGGAGUAAGUCGAAGGCAGGUUCUAGCAAUUCUAGCAAACCUCUUCCUCCACCACCUAAGGUUGAACUAAAGAUUGCUUCGCGCAAAAGGUCUCAUUCAACUGAAACUCCUUCUGUUUCGAAGAAACAAAGACCUAUUCCAGCCACUUGUUCGAGUGCUCCAGAUAAGGUAUCCAUUUAGCUUAAGACUUCUUUUUCUUUUGUCUUGAAUGUGAACUUACUGAACUGUGGCCUGUAGGAUAUUCCUGUCCUUUCGACCAUCCCUGAGCAGACUAAC